AUGGGGCAAAGUACCCACUGCAUUUGGUAAUAUUUAACAGGACAGUUUUGGGUGACAUGGCUGAACAAGCAUGAAGAAAAAGCAGCAUUGUUGAUAUGUACCCACUGCUUGUGACACUUGCUGCUGAUCCACAGAGACACCAGACUGAGAUCCAUUCAGCACUGAACGAUGGAAUGACCGAUUAAGCAUGGACAUCUAUUCUGUGUUAGUCCUCCUACUUUCAUGCAGGAUUCAAGUGAAAGAAAGACGCAAAGAUAUAUGCUGGAAUCCAUCUGGGGAACUGUGCAUUGAUGCGUAUCUGUCUGGAGCUCAGUUGAAGCUGUCACCUGAAACACUAACUGUCCUGCGAGGAGAGGAGGCCCGGUUUACCUGCAGCACCACCAACCCCCAGUGGACUGUGAUGACGUGGCUGCUAAACGGUGAGGUGGUUAUCACCAUCUCCAACGAGACCGGUGUCCUUCCCUCCGUCAACACUGAUUCGACAGCCGAGAAAAACUGUGACUCACCGGGAGACUGCUGGGUGUUUGUCCUGAAGAACACAGAGAGGCAGAACCAGGGACAAGUGACCUGUGACCUCCAGGGCAUUGAAAGGAAAUCAGCAAGCCUGUUUGUACAAGAAAAGGGCAGCGUGAAAGUCUUUGGGGAUGACAAGUUGGCCUUAAAGGGGCAGUCGGUCCUGUUUGAAUGCCAAGCAUCAGGAUGGUAUCCUCAACCUACUUUGCAGUGGCAGGUGAAUAACAAAAUGAUCAGCGAGGGUGAAUACAACAUCAGUACUGAAGAAUCGGGGAGAAGCCUCUUCACUGUGAACAGCAGCCUCCGUGUGACAGCAGCAAAGAGCUCUUGUGUGGAUUGUCUGGCCUCUGUGUCUGCCCUCCCCACACCACUGAAGAGCAGCAUCCGCCUGACAGUGGUUACAGAGGUGGAGCAGGAAGGAAGUGACUGCACAGUCCCGCUGGCGAUAACUGCCUCCCUCUCUGCUAUCCUGCUGCUCCUCCUGCUCUGCAUCUGCACUGUCCUCUGGUACAGACAAAGGAUACAAACAAAACUGAGCUCACAGGAGGCAAUAAGCUUUGACCAAUCAUGGAGCGGGAGAGGCUCGGUUGUUGAGGUGACAGGGGGGAAGGUCAACUCUGGAUACUCUAGUGAAGAUCCCACAGAUGCAGAUUACAGUGAGGUGAGGGUGGAAACUGGUGGCCAUACUGCUAGCCAGAUGGACUUUGUCACCUUCAACAAGGUCCCUGAUGUUGUGUCCUCCAGCAGCCUAUCUCUACACGGUCAAAGCCAAUCCCAGGUGUGUCCUUCCGAGGAAAGUUCCAAGAAUGUCAGGAGGAUCACUACAGUUUGAAUAUGUUUUUUAUGAGGUUAAUUGAGGUAACAAUGUGUUUGCAUAU